GCAUGCAAACAUAAUGGAGUCCCAAAGUCCUUCUCUUCCCCUCUCCUUCUUCACCCUCUUCUCUCUCUCCUGGUUCGGCCGUCUACUCCUCAUACUCUACGGCACAUGGCAUGACUCCACGCAAGAGCUACAAUACACUGAUAUAGACUAUUGGGUCUUUUCAGACGCGUCUCUACACGUUAAAGAAGGCGGCUCUCCUUAUGAUAGAGAUACCUAUAGAUACACGCCAUUACUAUCUUGGUUACUACUACCUAAUCAUAGUCUGUCCAUACAUUAUGGUAAAGUGUUAUUUAUAACGCUAGACGUGUUAGUAGCUUGGUGUAUUGAGAGGGUUCUUGCUAUGGAAGGAGUGAGUGAUAGAAAGAGGUUCUUUUCCUGUUUGGUUUGGUUGAUUAAUCCUGUGACAGCUGUCGUUUCAAGUCGUGGUAAUGCCGAGUCUCUCCUGGCACUGAUAAUGUUGUCAAGUCUCUAUAUGUUUGUAAAAGGAAGGGUUUUGUUGUCGGGGGUCCUAUAUGGUCUCGCCGUUCACUUUAAAUUUUACCCCAUCAUUCAUUGCCUUGUCUUUUAUCUGGCUGUUGAUCGGACCCCUUGGAGUAGGGCCCGGGACAUAUUCAAAGUUUCAAACGUUCACAGGACCCCUGAGGAAAAAUCUCAUAAAAAAGGAAAACGUUUUAAAAUCGACUCGUCUUUUAGUGAAAAGGACCUGAGAAGAAAUAAAAUUUUAAAUGUGGUCAAGACUUCUAACUCGAGUCAAGUUUCAAGCAAUAACAAGACCUCUUGGUUGGGGGCCUGGAACAUUAACAAAUUUACAAUACAUUGGGGGUCACUACUAAGUGUAAAAAGGAUCCAAUUUAUUUUUGCCAGCUCAGGAACGUUUUUAAUUUUAGGAUUAUUAUUUUACAAGUUGUAUGGCUGGGAUUUCAUAGAAGAGACAUACCUAUAUCACGUGAAAAGGACAGACAUAAAGCACAACUUCUCUCUUUAUUUCUACAUGUUGUUCGUGACACAAGGAACAUGGCUUGCUUCUUUGUUGAGUAAAAUUGCUUUCAUUCCUCAAGUUAUUCUCCUCCUUAUCUCCUCCUUGUGGAAUCAUAAAGAUGUAUCGUUCUGCUUAUUUGUACAAACGUUUGUCUUUGUUACUUUUAAUAAAGUGGUAACGUCACAG